GACGCCAUAUUGGUUAGCUUGGCGCUCACUGUGAUGUUGUAAUUUUCCUGAGUAAUGACUGAGUUUCACAGAAAUUAUAUUAUUUAAAUUGUGAUUUGUAAUUUUAGACAGUAGUGCAGUGAGUAUUGUUAAAACAAAAUGGAUCCAGCUAAGAUGAAAGUGGUAGAUCUAAGAUCCGAGCUAGGCGCUCUGGGCUUGGAUACGAAGGGUAACAAACCGGCAUUAGUGGAAAGAUUGAAAAAGGCUUUGGAAGCUAAAACCGGAAAAGCGAUACUCGACACAACGAUACUUGACACUUCUACCGAGGAUGUUGAUGAACCAGCCACACCAAGAAGAUCCCCGGCAGCCAGAGCUACAAGACGAUCUUCAUCCUCAAGGAUAUGUCCGACACCAGCUAAGAUACCAAGAGAGGAUCCUCCGAAACCUAUCCAGGAAGAUCCGAAUGAAACGGCACAGGAACCAGAAGAUAAGGUUGAACCGGUGAAACCUGAACCCACAACUGAACCCACCCCUGAAGCCACCCCUGAACCCACCCCUGAACCCACCCCUGAAGCCACGCCUGAACCAAACCAAGAAGUUCCCAAAGAGGAACCGAUUCCAGAAGAAAUACCAGCUACCCAGCCGGAACAGGUGCCGGAGCCGGUCCCACAACCAAUUCCAGAACCUGUUCCGGAACCAAUUCCAGAACAAGUGAAAGCAGAUACACCACCAGAUAACGAACCUAAGUCGGAUGAAAUGUACAACAUUGACGACUUAAGCCAAUCUCCGAUUAAUGAAAAUAAUGAUGACAAAGAGACCAACGAUGAUAGAGAUAACAUGGACCAGCAGGAGGACAGUCAGGAGAGAGAUGCCGAGAACACUGAGAAUGUAGAAGAAGACGCUAGAGAUGACAUGGACGAGAGGAGAGAGUUGUAUCUCGAGCACCAGAGAGAAAAGCAGUUAUCGGAACAGGAAGAGUGGGAUCUUCUCAACGAGAGAUUAGUGCAGAAGGAGAAAGAGAGAGUUGAGAGGGAAAAGAUAGAGGCGGAAGAAGAAGCUAAGAAGAUCGAAGAAAUUAGUAAGGAUCCCAUCAAAUUGCAGCGCCUAAAACGCAAACAAGAGAAGAAAUCUCGCUGGACCAACUUCUAUAAGGCCGUAGAAGUCACAAAUCAAGUCCUCGCUCCACCGACCGAGGAACCUCCAGACAGUAAACAGAAGGAGGAAACGGAAACGGUCGUCCCGGAACCGGAACUGGAUGACAGUAAAGUCACGUUAUCAUGGUAUGACAGUGACCUCAACCAGUACCUAGAGCUUCCAGAGUUAAAUUCAGUGAUUCCUCUCAACGAGGGCGCCUUCGCGUACGCCUGGGCCGGAGCCCGAGCCACGCACGGGGUCACACACGGACGGCUGUGCUAUGAGGUUAGAAUUGGUUCUUUGGUGACGAGUACGGAGAGCGCUGAGAAGGAACCUCUAACAACUGGCCUGAGAGCUGGAUGGUCUACGGACGACACCUCGCUGCAUCUGGGUGAAAAUUCACUCAGCUGGGGCUACGAGAGCACCGGCAGAGCUGUGAACAACUCGGAGUUCAAGGCGUACGGGAAGCAGUUCAACGAGAAAGAUGUCAUCGGCUGCUACUUGGAUCUCGACUCGACGCCUUGUACAAUGUCGUACACCUUGAACGGCGAAGAACUUGGAACGGCUUUCGAGUUCGAUAAGGAGAUAUUGGAGGGUAGAGCGGUGUUCCCUCACGUGCUGACGAAAAACAUGUGCUACAAAGUCAACCUGGGAUACGAUCGAUACACCAUGCUAACGAAAACUAAAAUAGUACGCAAUCGUGUCGAAAUACCCAUAGAACAAGUUCUAGAAGAGAAGAGAAUGAGAGAAGAGAAGAUCAAGCAGAAUAAAGAAGAUGUUGUUAAAACCACUACGGAGAAGAGUGACAAUGAGAAUCAGGAAAUACAAAAAAGUGAAGAAAAUAAAGAUGAUAUACAAGAAAAGAAUGAUAAGGAACAUGAGAUGGAGGUAGAUCAAGAUAGAGACAGAGAUAUAGAACAUGUGAAGAAUGAAAAAGAAGCAGAAGACAAACAAGAAGAUACGGAGAUGGAGGCGCAGGGAGAUGAGAAAGAAUUCAAUGAAAAUGGCGAAAAAGCAGAAAAAGCGGUUACAGAUGAUAUGACCAUGGAAACCAAUGAUGCAGAGGCGGGUUCAGGAAGAGAUGAGCAUUCUGAAAUUCAAGAGGUCACCGAGGAACAAGUGAUGGGAGGUCUUGUUUUGGACAAACGGAUCAAAUUUGUUAUAAGAUACACAGUAGAGGAAGAAUUAGACGGACCUGAGGCGAGCGUUCUCCCGGGAUACGAGUUCAUAGCCAAGGGUGACCUGGUCGACGGCCCGCGGCGGCCGGGGAGUUGCGACGAGUGUGAGGUUAUAUUGAUGGUGGGUAUGCCGGGUUCGGGGAAAACCUACUGGGCUAAGCAACAUUGUGCCAAGAAUCCAGAGAAGAGAUAUAAUAUAUUAUCAACAGGAGCUUUGUUUGACCGCAUGAAGGUGGAUUGUAAGGCGUUCCGUACUGCCUACGAAGGUAAAUGGGACGCUAUGGUGACUAAGUGUGCUAAAUGCGUCGUCAAGUUACUAGAAAUAGCAAAGGGAAGGCGGAGAAACUUCAUACUCGAUCAGACGAAUGUAUAUCCGUCAGCUCAACGUCGUAAACUACGAGAAUUCUCCGGCUAUCGUCGUAUAGCGGCCGUCGUUGUUGUCAAUGAGGAAGACCAGAGACAAAGAGCCGCGGCCAGAGAGGCGGCUGACGGUAAGGAGGUUCCAGACGCGGCCAUAUUGGAUAUGAAAGCGAACUUCACGUUACCGGAGAAGGGUUCGUUCGUCGAUGACGUCAUAUACACGGAACUCAAUGAAGAGGAGGCCCGGAAGGUCCUGGACACGUAUCACUCCGAGGCAGCGGCGGCCGGCGCUAUGAAGGAGAGAGACAAGAGAGCGAGGUCCACCUCCAGGGAGAUAUCAGGGAAGAGGCAGAGGUCGCCCGAACGAGCGAGGGAUCAUAGGAGACCCAGGGACCACACCAGAGAGAGAGAUGAUCGUUGGUCCGGAGGUAGUCGUUGGGGUCCACCGGCGCCACGGGGUCGUUGGGGUCGGGAUAGACCCCCGCAUCCUAGGUUCGAUAGGAAUUGGUCACAAAGAAACGAUUUUGGUCGCGAUGGCGGUUUCCGUGGCGGUCGCAUGGGAUCUCGGCAGGAUAGAGGUCCGGGGCCUAACCUGGGUGGGCCCGGGGGACCUGGGGGUCCGCGUGGGCCUCCCGGGGACCGUUUCCAGAGAGACCACAGACCCCAGAACAGAGGACCCCCUCAUCAACCUGAUAAGAGACCGGCAGGGCCGCCUCCUGGUUCAUGGCAGCGAGGUUCCGGGCCACGUGGCGGAGGUCACAUGGGGCAUGGACCAAGACAGGAUAACCAGAACCAAAGCCAGAAUCACAGCCAAAACCAAAACCAGCAGUGGAACCAGUGGGCCGGUAACUGGGGAGGCUGGGGUAACUGGAAUAAUCAAAAUCCAGGAUGGAACAACUGGAAUAAUUGGUGCUGGGGCAACCAGAACUCCGGCCAGGGGCAGGGACAGGUACAGGGGCAGGGUCCAGCCGGGAAGGGACCUUCAGGACAGGUACAGGCACAGGCGGGGCAGGGGCAGGGACAAGGACAGGGCCAGGGUCAGGGUCAAGGCUGGCAGAACUACAAUGCACAGCAAUGGUUCCAGUGGCAGCAGUGGCAGCAACAGAACUGGCCCGGGUACGGCCAGCAACAACAACAACAGCAACAAGGCGGCGCCAACAGCGGAGAUAACGCUCAGGCGUGGGCACAGUUCUAUCAGAACUACGGCGCCGGCAACAACGGCAACUCCAACCCGGCCUUGGAAAAGAAGUGAUGACGUCACCACCACACAACACAAUGGCGACGCACACACUCACACACACACACACACACAGCUGACAGUUUAUAUACAUAGGUAGUUUACAGACGGAAUUACAGUAAUUAUAAUUAUAUAGAAUUAUUAAUAUAAAAAUUAUAUAAGUUUUGAGAAACUAGAAAGCAGUCGCCGUCGCCUCCGAUGUAACCGGAGCGCGCUAAGAUGUUUACUGAUAUAAUUUCGUUCAAACUAACAGAAGAGAAAUGUAUUUUUUUAUAUAAAUAUCGCACUUUUCAUUAAUUUGUUUGUUUAUUUUUAAUUCUCAAACGAUUUUUUAUAAGUAAAAAUCGGUUUAGAUAUAAGACAAUGUACAUACAGAAAGUUGAGUCUAAGACAUUCAUACUUACGACUGUGUAAGUUCAUAGUUUAGAAAUAUAUCGCGAGGAGCUCGUGCGUGCUGACGUUCAGGUCCACUCCCGCGCGACUCGACCUUCAUGCUAACGAUACAAAUAAAUAGUGAUAAGAAAA